UAUUGUACCUGAUGGACAGGAUGACGGAGGACGCGCUGCGCCUGAACCUCUUGAAGCGGAGCUUGGACCAAGCGGAUGAUCGGGACGAUGUCCUGGCCAAGAGGUUGAAAAUGGAGGGACACGAGGCGAUGGAGCGCCUGAAGAUGCUGGCACUGCUGAAGAGGAAGGACCUCUCGGGCAUCGAGGUGCCCCACGAGCUCCCAGUGAAGCAGGACGGUGUGAAAGUCUACGAAGAAAAGCUGAAUGGGAGCCUCAGGCCCCAUGGGGAUGGCAGGACUGCAGGGAGGCCGGGGAAGGAGAACAUUAACGACGAGCCGGUGGAUAUGAGCGCGAGGAGAAGCGACCAGGACAGGGGGCGAUUAACCCCUUCUCCAGAUAUAAUUGUCCUCUCCGACAAUGAGGCGUCCAGUCCCCGGUCCAGCUCUCGCAUGGAAGAAAGACUUAAGGCAGCAAAUCUUGAAAUGUUCAAGGGUAAAAGCAUAGAGGAGCGACAGCAGCUCAUCAAGCAGCUUCGGGAUGAGCUCCGGCUGGAGGAGGCCAGGCUUGUGUUGCUGAAGAAACUGAGACAAAGCCAACUGCAGAAGGAGAACGUGGUACAGAAGACUCCGGUUGUCCAGAAUGCGGCGUCUAUUGUCCAGCCAUCUCCUGCUCACGUGGGACAGCAGGGACUGUCCAAGCUUCCCUCCAGGCCUGGAGCUCAGGGGGUUGAGCCUCAGAACUUAAGGACAUUACAGGGUCACAGUGUCAUUAGGUCUGCCACAAACACGACUCUGCCCCAUAUGCUUAUGUCGCAGCGUGUGAUUGCUCCGAACCCUGCCCAGUUACAAGGGCAGCGCGUUCCUCCUAAGCCUGGCCUCAUCCGCACUACAACUCCAAGCAUGAAUCCAGCCAUCAACUACCAGCCGCAAUCAAGUUCUUCUGUUCCUUGCCAGCGUACGUCGUCUUCAGCCAUCUAUAUGAACCUUGCCUCUCACAUCCAGCCUGGCACUGUGAACAGGGUGUCGUCUCCGCUCCCCAGCCCCAGUGCUCUGAACGACGCCGCCAACUCCCAGGCAGCCGCCAAGCUUGCCCUGCGCAAGCAGCUGGAGAAGACGCUGCUGGAGAUCCCACCCCCGAAGCCGCCCGCGCCCCUGCUUCACUUCCUGCCGAGCGCAGCCAACAGCGAGUUCAUCUACAUGGUGGGGCUGGAGGAGGUGGUACAGAGCGUUAUCGACAGCCAAGGGAAAAGCUGCGCGUCCCUCCUGCGUGUGGAGCCCUUUGUCUGCGCUCAGUGCCGCACCGACUUCACCCCGCACUGGAAGCAGGAGAAAAAUGGCAAGAUCCUGUGCGAGCAGUGCAUGACUUCCAACCAGAAGAAGGCACUGAAGGCAGAGCACACCAACCGGCUGAAGAACGCCUUCGUGAAAGCUUUGCAGCAGGAGCAGGAAAUUGAGCAGAGGCUACAGCAGCAGGCAGCCUUGUCCCCCACUGCGGCUCCUGCCGUCUCCAGCGUCAGCAAACAGGAGAACAUCAUGAGGCACCACACGCUCCGGCAGGCUCCGCAGCCCCAGAGCACUUUGCAGCGUGGCAUCCCCACCUCUGCCCGCUCCAUGCUGUCCAACUUUGCGCAGGCGCCCCAGCUCUCGGUGGCGGGCGGUCUCCUCGGCAUGCCAGGUGUUAACAUUGCAUACCUGAAUGCUGGGAUCGGAGGCCACAAAGCGUCGAGUUUGGCGGACCGGCAGCGGGAAUACCUUUUAGAUAUGAUCCCCCCCCGGUCUAUAUCGCAGUCCAUCAGCGGACAGAAAUAACGCCUGCUGACCGCUCCCCUUCCUCCCCACCUCCGUCGCAUGCAGUGCCUGUACUGGUGCCUACCGUACAUGGGGAAAAAGACAAAAAAAAGAAACAAAACAAAACAAAACAAAACAAAAAAAAACGACAAACAAACAAAACGGAAAAAAAAAUCCACAAAAAAAAGAAAAAGAAACAAAAAACAAAAAAUCCCAUUUCAAACCUUCAGCGACCUGUCCUUUUCCAAACCUUAACUUCUUUGGUUUUCUAUAGCAGUGAGAGGUCACUUCCUUUGCCCGAGGUCAGAACAAUGUCUGCUUGAAAUCAGCACUAUCCAUGUGUUAAAGCUUGUUUUAUGCUAUUUUUUUUGUAAUGACAAAGCAUAGAA